CACAGAUCGUUGAUCUAUCCCGCUCAGGCUUAGUCAGCCAAUUAAGCUGAUUUGUAGCUAGGUCUAACGUGUGCAGAAGCAGUACGUCGAUCGUACUUAAGUAUGGCUUCCCGCAGCAGCUUCUCUGUGGCGUGUGCUGUCGCAGUGAUGGCGUUUGCCAUUUUGGCCACGGCGAGCAAUGCGCAGCCGCUGGACCCUCAUUUCUACGACAAGUUGUGCCCGGCGGCGCUCCCCGCCAUCAGGAAGGUCGUUGAGGAGGCCGUAGCGGUGGAGCCGCGCAUGGGUGCCUCGCUCCUGCGCCUGCACUUCCACGACUGCUUCGUCAACGGGUGUGAUGGGUCCAUCCUGCUUGACGACACGCCCUUCUUCACAGGCGAGAAGAAGGCCGCGCCCAACGUGAACUCCGUUCGCGGCUUCGACGUGAUCGAUCGCAUCAAGGACGCCGUCAACGCCGCGUGCAGGGGAAACGUGGUGUCCUGCGCCGACGUCGUGGCCGUCGCAGCACGUGACUCUGUCGUCGCGCUGGGAGGGCCGUCGUACGACGUGCUUCUGGGCCGGAGGGACGCGCGGGGGGCGAGCCAGGCGGCGGCGAACAACAGCAUCCCGGCGCCGACCUUCGACCUCGACCGCCUCGUCUCCAACUUCGCCUCGCACGGCCUCACUGUGCAGGACCUGGUCGUGCUCUCCGGCGGCCACACGCUGGGCUUCUCCCGCUGCACCAACUUCCGCGACCGCCUGUACAACGAGACAGCCACACUGGACGCCUCCCUCGCCGCGCAGCUCAGGGGCCCCUGCCCGCUCGCCGGCGGCGACGACAACCUCGCGCCGCUUGACCCGACGCCAGCGCGGUUCGACGGCGGGUACUACGGCUCGUUGCUGCGCAGCAGGGGGCUGCUGCACUCGGACCAGCAGCUGUUCGCUGGCGGUCUCGGCCCCACGGACGCGCUCGUUAGGUUCUAUGGCGCCGACCCGGAGGCGUUCAGGAGGGACUUCGCGGAGGCCAUGGUGAGGAUGGGCGGCCUCAGCCCGCUCACCGGGAGCAGCGGCGAGAUUCGCGCUAACUGCAGGAAAGUGAACUACUACUAGUAUGCGCGCACAACACGAAGUUUGAAUCAAAUGCAGUGUGUUUCCGGCAACGGGGCAUAGUCAAACAGUGUUCUGCGUUUUUUUAGUUGUCUUGUAUGGAUUGCAUUUAGUAUUGUGGAUUCUUGGGCUCUAGCACUUUAUUUGAUUCCGUUGUAGGAUUUCUUAAGUGGAAACAGUGUUCCCGGUCGUAUAUAUAUAUACUAGCCAUGCCCGCGCAGCGCCGUGCGAUGUUGAUGUAUUGCAGUGAAAUUUGUUGCGUGUAAUAGUGAAGAAGUUACAACAUAUUGUGUUGGUA